GUGACUGUGAAGGCUAGGUUGAUUUUGACUUGUGAAUAUGGGAGUUGGGGAUCCUUGUGACCUCAUUCUUCUUCGCCUCGUGACCUUAGUGUCUCCUGCAUUCCUUCUGCCAGUUCCUCGGCGUGCCCGUUCGGCAACUCUCAGAGGCCUCCAUUCUCCUCCUCCCUUCCCUGCCAUCCGCUCCCCAGAUGCUAAUUCAUAUCUGGCACCAGAAAUUUCCUAUGCAGCGUCCUUGAUAUCAAACUCAACAGAGUUGCAACAAAUAAUUUGACGGCUCAAGCUGCAAGGCUGAAUCUAAGGAUGCAGAAGGAGAUUGAACUUCUGCUUAGCGAUCCACCUGCUGGGGUCUCUCUUAAUCUGUCUGAACAUGAAAGUGCCAUGUCAUCUUUAUCGAGCAUUGACACCAGAAUUGAGGGGACAGAGGGAACAGUUUAUUCAAAAGGAGUUUUCAUUCUGAAGAUUCAAAUUCCUGAAAGGUGUAGAUACAUCCAUAAUUGAACAAAUUUGAGACAGUUAAUAUGGGACGGAGGGAGUACCACUUUGCAGGGUGCCUGGCAACCGUCACUCAACAUUUCCACUGUUUUGACAAGCAUUGGUUUGCUGCUAAGUGAACCAAACCCUGACGAUGGGCUGAUGACUGAAAUAAGUCAAGAGUACAAAUACAACAGACAAGUUUUUUACAUAAACGCUCGAUCAUGGACUGAGAAGUAUGCUAAUCCCGCGGCAGUUGACACAAGUAGUUGGAACUCUUUAGAUGUUUCAGUUGUGGCACAGAACAAGCAAAGGAAGAAAUACAGAACGUAUAAUCUUUGCCAGAAGCUUCUAAUAAAGAUUGUGAAGGGAGUCGAAAGAAGAUGCGGUUAUUGGGUAAAAAAUUAUCACUAAAAUGUGGAGGAUCUGAAGCGAACCCUACUACUCGUAAGCAGGAUGCGGUGGCAGGCCUCUUACCAUCAACUGCAAGAUCCACUGUUCCUACUAUAUGCUUGUCUGAUUUUCCUGUCAAACAGAAUGUUACUGCUGAAAACAUGUCUGUCGGUGCAGAUAAUGGAUUGAUUUCAAAGGAAGGAUACCAUGCAAAUAGAAAGAACUUGCAGUUACAUGGGCAUGGACUUCCUGUUACAUCAGAGGAUCCUAAGCAAAGGAGCAGCGGCAUUGUGGAAGAUAAGUUACCUAAUCAUCUUCCAGUAUCAAUAUCCUAUACUAAAGAUCAUGUCACACAAUCUUCUGAUGAUAUUUUAGCUAAGAGUAUGACAAAGAGUAUUGAUGGAUCAUUAUAUAGUGUGUACAAGUCAUAAGAAGGAAAUAUAGCGAACAUAAGGUCACUGUGUCAGAAGAUGCCUCUCAAAUUGGUAAAGCUUGAAAACAAGAGCAGUGAUCAGAGGGAAAAUAUGGCAACAGAUUAUCUUCCUUCACUGUCAGGUUAAAACAAUAUGCAGAAAAGGUCCUCAGAUGUUGUUUUGAGUAAAAGUUGUAUUGGAGAUACUAAUGUGAUUCAGCAAAAUUUUCGUACCGAAACUGUACUUCCAAAUACCCACUCAGUACCAAAUAAAGAAUGCAAUCAAGGUCGAAAGAAGCCAAGUUCACUAAGAGGCUGUCAUUGAAAUCUGAGUUGGCUGAGAUUGAAAGGACCAGUGACAAGGGAUAUAACUAUAAGCGACCGAAUUGUUCUCAUGAUGAGAGGAAACCCAAUGAACUGCCAUUAUCAGCUCCAGUCCCCGUGAGGCAAACCAUGGGUCUGGGCUUUGUUGAUUCACAGAGAAGUAUCAGCAGAAGUCAUUGUCCUAUCAAGCAAAAUGCAACAUCUAUGAAAAAUGUCGUUUCACACAGUGCAGAUAGUGCAGACGAAUGCGAAAUCAUGGGCCUAGGCCUUGUUCAUUCACACAAAAGUGUCAGCCAAAGCAAUUGGUACAUCAAACAAAAUCCCUUACCAGUGGAGGAUGUUGUUUCAGAUAGCGAGACAGCGUAGAUGAACGUGAAAAGGUACCUUCAAGGUCAAGGUUAUCGUUUAUGAGGAGACGGUUCGUCCCUGUCUGGAAAGCUUCGAAGCUAAUUCCAAUAGAUAAAUAAUAAAUUUGACUCCAGAUGCCGCCAUGUAAACCCCUCCGAAGAUGAAGAUGUCCCUUAUGGUUCACGUCAAACUCAUCGCACGGUUCGGGAGCAUGCUGAUGGAUUGAUGAUCACCCCCAAAUUCUUCCCAUCACUGACGCAGGCGGUUACUCAAAACUCUUCUCUCCUGGAACCGCGAGCGCAGCCACGGGCGAUGGCGACGCCGCUUCGAUGCCUGUGCCUGCUACUCUGUUCCCUCAUCGGCGCCGCGCGCUCUGCGGCGCCGCCGGCGUUGCAGAGGCUCAAGGCAAUCGCUGCUGAAAAUGCUCAGAUGCCACCGGGAGUUGGUCGUGCCCUCUCGCCUCCGCUCAUCGGACACGGCGGCCGCAUCGUCGCUUGCUCCGGGAAGAACCUCCUCGCGUUCGAGCCAAACGGAUCCAUCGCGUGGAUCGUUCCCCUCGGAUACAAUUGUAAACAAGACGUCGCUCCGAUUACCGAGAGGGAGAAGAUAUAUUUGGUGGCAGAAGAUAAGGUCAUAAAGAUAACUCCGCGAAAUUUACGCACUGGUGACCCAGCAACAGAAGUAUUUUUCAGUUACACUUCAACACCGGGGAGGUCCGAGGAGCUCAUCGGUUUAUCGACUGCCAGCAGCUAUUCAUCUCUUUUCCUCACCAUUAUGAACCGUGGCCUUUUCUCCUUCUCGUUGCGUAAUGGGCAGCUACUAUGGAGCGCCGGGCCUGUGCUCGAUCGCUUCGGUUACCGUAUAGGCUGCAAGGGAAACAUCUCAGGCUGCUACUUCAAUUCAGCCCCGGUUGUUGAUCAGUGUGAGGGGACUCUUUAUAUAUCAAAUAACGAAGGCCAGCUCUAUUCAAUGUACAUUCAUAGCCGUAAGUACAGAUGGAUCCAAGACUUGAGCUCGAUUGACAAAGUGAUGACAAUUGCACCAGGAAAUAAUGGGCGCCUAUACGUUGUCCUUCCAAGAAAGUCAAUUGUGAUGGGUUUUGAUGUCCUCACAGGACACAUUUCAUGGCAGCAGAGUGUUGGUCCACUUAGUAACGAGAAAGUCUUGCCAGCCGUUGAUUCCAAUGGUUGGAUAUCAAUUGGAUCGCUAGAUGGGACCUUGUAUUCAGUCUCUCCGGAUGGUGACAUCAGAAAGUUUCUUCAAAGAACAUCACCAAACUCAGUGAUCCAUGCAAGCCCAGUACUUGACUGCUCAGGGUUUUCAGUGUACAUCAGCCAGACCAUAAUGGAGGCAAAAUCAAGCCAAACAAUUGGUGAUUAUACCUAUGUAUCGGCAAUGAAGCCAUCAAGCAUCUUGUUUACUUUGUUAGCUCCAGCAACAGGGACAACCUAUUGGACUGAAAAGUAUCCUGGAGAAUUAGCAGAUUUGCUGUCCAGCAGUGACCUGAACUAUUUUACACUUGAUGAGACUAUUCUUCUCACUGCUCUAUCUGCUGGAAGAAUUGGCAGCACCAUCCAAUGCUACACGAAAAGGCAAAAGAUUGCCUGGACCUGCAGAAAAUCAAAACCCAAGUUUGUCCAUGGUGAUCCAGGUGACCACAACCAUGCCCUUUUGUUGUUCUUCUUCCAACUCAUUGUCAUAGUGAUACAAUCGGUAAUUGUUCGGUUUUGCUGCAUCUUCUGGAGGAAGAAAAAGCUUCAACAUAAUGGGUUGCAGAAGUUCCUGGAAAAGAGGCGUUCUCUACACAGCAAGAGAAGAAUCUUAGGCAAGAUUAUCUCAGAGCUAGAGCAGAAGGCGGUCGAAGAUGCCUCUUCAAACGAAAUUCUGGAACAGCUGGGUGAAAUGGUGAAAGCCAAGGAAGGUGUUGAGAGGAAGCUAUACACAUCUUACAGCCUUGGCAGAGAUGUCCUGGGCUUGAGGCAACGCUCUUCCAUUUUGCCACUUUACAACGGAAAACACAAGAGUCAUUCAUUUCACGGCGCACAGAGAGAAAGCAUUACAAUCUUUAAUACACUCAGCAACACCUCUUCUUCGGAGGAUAGAACAACCAGCAGCUACUCUAGUGGCAGUGGGAGCUGCAGUGGAAGUAGCUGCGAAGAUAUGGAAUCUGACACAAGGUUUAAUUCAGCAGGAGAGGCUGGACCUUCCAACACUGCAGAUGUUGCAGUGGGAGCCCAAGGCAAAUGCCCUGCAGAUGCCGAACCUUCGUAUCGGGUGUUUACAAAUCCACUGUAUGUGCAAGGAGAAAGCAGUGGCGAAUCACUGUCGCGGAGGCAGGAAUUUCUGAUGGAGACCAUGCAUCAAGGUAGUGCACCAACCAAGAGAAUGUGGCUGAAGAGGAGGCGAACUCUGUCUUCAACGAACUGACGUAACUCAACAAAUCAGAGAUGCAUGAAAAAUGUCGAACUCUGUCUUCAGCAAACUGAUGUAACUCAACAAGUCAGAUAUGCAUGGAAAUUUAGCUGGCUUGAUUAUGGAUGGUAC